ACGGAGCACUAAAAAUUGGAAACAAAAAUUUAAUCAUCAAAUGACAACUCAAAUAAAGGGGAAAAAAUAAGUUUCCAAAUCGUUUACUAGCAAUUCGAACAACGGGAAAAAAUUUAGUUCCCAAAACCGAUUACUACUCUUAUGGCUUACUUGCGAAUCACUGCCGCCUAAUAAUAUAUAUACUUCCCAACACUAACUAAAACUUCCAUUCAUUCAUCUCAAGUCUUCUUUCAAUUCUUUGGCCAUCAAAGAGAAUAUACAAUCACAAAAACCCUGAAAUCUUUUCUUGUUUUCUUUUCUUCUUUUUUUGACUUCUCGUUCCACUAUAAUCAAUCUUCUAUUGUUGUUUCUUUCGUCCCGCCAUGGAAGUUGCCGCUUAUCAGAACCCUAAUCUUCCCGUUGCUGUAUCUGAAGCUCAACCGCCAGUUGGUUAUAGGUUCCGCCCAACGGAUUCCGAACUUCUUGAUCAUUACUUGAGGAGGCUGAUUCACAGGCUACCGUUACCCACGCUGUACCCGAGAAUUACCCGUUUGGAUAUUUACGCUGAUCACCCUUCUGCCAUCUGGAAUCUUGGAGACGCUCACGAUGACACGGGCAGCGGGGCCGAGUUGCACUGUUACUUCUACACCGCACUGCAAAGCGUUAGCAAUGGCUGCCGUGGGAAAAAGAUGGGAAGAAAGGUCGGGGCACAUGGGACUUGGCACAUGUCCUGCACUAGGGAAACCAAGGUGAAUAAUGCAGAUCAGGUUUUGGGGUACAACAAGUACUUCAACUACAAACCGAACACAAUUCAUCCUGGAGAUGUGGAAUACGAGUGGGGUAUGCACGAAUUCACCUUGCACGAUUCCAAUAAAUAUGCACUAUGCAAGAUUACCAGGAGGAUGAGGAAGAAGAAGUUGAAAGGCGCUGUUGAUGAAUCAGUCAUGUUGUCUAAUCAACAGCAACAAGGUUUUGGUGAAAUUGUUCUUUCUUCCAAUCAUGGCGAUCCUGCAAAGCAACCGAACCUGGAACUUUCCCCAGAAUCAAUAACAUGCUCUUUUGAUAAAGUGUCUGAUCAUGAUGAAGUUGGUUCUUCUUCUACUACUACUUUUACAUCAGGACUGUUGUGUCAUCAACAACCAUUAUUAGAAAAUACGCAUCAAGCUCAUACUGCUGCUCUGCUGGAGCCACUCUCUCAAUUUGAGAACUCAGAUUUCAAUGAUGUUCUGUGUGAGACACAGGGGGGUCAUCCUCAACAAUCGCGCAUGGACCACUCCCAUGGAUCAAUAGUGACCACCUCUUCUGACUCUUUUGAAUUAGAAGAUUUUGACGACAUUUUCCUGGAUUUGGGGGACUCCGUAGCACUUGACGAUGUAAGAGAAGAGGACUACUACCAACCAACAGUUGGCUCAAUAGGAAGUCAACAAAACACUACCUGUAAGAGAGCUCGUGUCGAAGAAGGAACCAGAUGUGUUGAGUAUGAUCAACAUACGCAUGAUGCCGGAGCAAAUGGAGCAAAAAGGUAUAAGAAGUGCUGAUACUAGUUGGAGUCCCAACACGAUGUUUCUGUUGCUGUCAAGUAUUGUACAAUGGUCCUGAAAUGAGAAAUUAUCAGAUUCUAGAGUCUAGACUUCUAGCAAUUAAAAUUUUGCAUACAUAGAUAAAAAUAGCACCCACAAGUAUGCAAAUGGAGAUUGAAGAACAGAAAAUUCCCUAAGCACAAGCAAACGACAUUUCAAACAUUGGAUUACGAAAUCAAAAUAUUAACAAGUCGAUUCCAUUAUAAGAAAUUAACAGUAUGAAAAAAAGCAAAGAGACGAGAGAAACACCUUCUAAACGUCGAUAGUUCCGAGUGAGAGUGAAAAGCAGAUGCAGUGCAGUGAGAUUGAGAUUGCGAAGGAGCAUAGAUCUUGUUGUAUUAGCCGAAAGAGCGGCGUGGCGGAGCUGAUUCCUCCACUCACCUUUCCUCCGGAAGAAUCCGCCGUCGGUCCAAGCGACUUCGCCAUUCGCCGUCCCGCGAUUCUUCUCCCUGAUCGUCGGUGAUGGAUGAGCUUGUGAGUUGUGAGGUGGGUCUCAACAAAUAUUUGAUGAUUGA